AUGGACUCGAAAGAUUCUAAACCACAAUCAAAUAGACCAGCCAAUACGGCAUUUAAACAACAAAGAUUGAAGGCAUGGGAACCAAUUUUGACACCAACACCUGUCAUUAUCUCAUUCAUUGUUAUUGGUAUUGUUUUUAUUCCCAUAGGUGCCGUUAUGAUUAGCGCUUCAAAUUCAGUUGUAGAAUCAUCACUUAGAUAUGAUGAGGUAUGUCCAGCAGGUGUUAGCAAUUGUGUAUUGAAUAUGACUAUUCCCAAAGAUAUGAAGGCACCAGUUUACUUGUACUAUAGACUCGAUAACUUUUAUCAGAAUCAUCGUCGUUAUGUUAAAUCUAGAAAUGAUGACCAACUCCGUGGUAUCGUAGUCACUGACUAUGACAAACUCAAGGAUUGCGAUCCAUACAUCUCUGUCAACGACUCUUCGAAUCCCGCCAACUUUUACUUGCCAUGCGGUCUCAUCGCUAGAAGCAUGUUCAAUGAUACAUUCUCUCUCCAACAAAACAAUAUCUCUAUUCCACUUCAAAAGAAGGGAAUUGCAUGGAGUUCCGAUGUCGACAAGAAAUUCAAGAAUCCACCCAAUGAUGCACCGGGUGUAAGAGUGAUUCAGGAUUUCACCGAUGAGGAUUUCAUCGUUUGGAUGAGAACUGCUGGUUUACCAGAUUUCAAGAAACUCUAUAGAAUCAUCAAUCAAGAUAUCAAAGCCGGUACUGUUUUUGUUAAUAUUUCUUCUAACUACCCAGUAAACUCAUUUGAAGGAAAGAAAUAUGUAGUAUUAUCAACAACAACUUGGAUCGGAGGAAAGAAUCCAUUUUUGGGAUAUGCAUAUAUAGUUGUCGGUGUCGUUUGUUUCUUCCAAGGUAUCGGUUUCUUAAUUAAACACAAGGUAGCCCCAAGAAAGCUUGGUGACACCAAAUAUUUAGAAUGGAACAAGUAG